GUGAUCUCCGGCGUCAUCAUGUCCACUCGCCUCAUCUCCGGAGUGGUGUGCGCGUUGGCGUUAGCUUUGGCUAUACCGCGGUGGAGGUCGAAGAGAAGCAGUCCGCUUCCUCCAGGACCCACAGGUCUUCCGCAUAUUGGGAACAUCCUCCAAAUUGAUCCCGAAAAACCGUACCUCACCUUUAGGAAGUGGAGGCGUCGAUAUGGCGACAUAUUCUUCUGUAGAGUAUGGGGUCAAAACACGAUCGUUGUGAGCUCCGAAAAGAUAGCUAGGGAGCUUCUCGACAAGCGAUCCUCCAACUACUCCGACAAGAUGCUCGUCGCCGAAUCCAAAGCAUAUAGCCUAGACUUCAACACUGCAUGGCUUCCGUACACGGACACAUGGAGAUUCCACAGGCGCAUCUACCAUCUGUCUUUACGACAGGAAGUCGUUCCAAAGUAUCGGCCGAUGCAACUGCGUCGGGCGUACAAAGUGAUCGAGGACUUGUUGGAGGAUCCGGAAGGCUUCGAAGAGCACCUCCAAGCACAUUCAGCGGCGAUAGUCAUGUCAGUACUGUACGGAUACGAGACUGCGUCGAAGAAGGAUCCCAUGGUGUCAAUGAUUGAAACCGCCAACGACUACAUCAUACCCUUCGGAACACCAGCUUCGAUGGGAAUCGUCAAAGCGUUUCCGUUCCUGCUGAGCAUACCGACAUGGCUCCCCGGCGGAAAGUUUCGGCAGGCAGUCAUGGACGGGAAGAAGCAGGUGAAGGAGAUGCUUGAGGUGCCUUAUCAAUACGUUGUAAAGUCGAUGAAAAUGGGCAUUGCGCCAACCUCGAUGACCGCCGACAUGCUCCAAUGGUCUGAAGGGAAAGACGAUGUACCCGACGACUUUGAGGAGUGCCUCAUGAACGCAGGUGGAACCGCCUUCCAGGCCGGCGCAGAUACAACAUUCACUACUCUCCAAGGGUUCGUAUACCGCAUGGUGACGAACCCCGAAGCACAGAAACGCGCACAAGCCCAGAUUGACGCAGUCGUGGGGACCGAUAGACUACCCGACUUUGAAGAUCGAGAGUCGUUACCCCUGAUUGAGGCCAUAGUGCGAGAGACCAUCAGGGCCAUGCCUACGGUCCCGGUCAACCUGCCGCAUGGGGUGACAAACGACGAUAUCUAUGAGGGAUACUUUAUCCCAAAAGGUGCAAUUGUCCUUGUUAGCACAUGGGAGAUUCUCCACGACGAAACGAGAUACCCCGAGCCUAUGGCAUUCAAGCCGGAACGCUUCCUGAAUGCCGACGGGUCUAUCGGGGACGACAUGUGCCAUCUUAUGACAUUCGGGUUCGGCCGACGCUUGUGCCCAGGGCGUCACUUUGCGUUGGCUUCGGUGUGGUCCGCGGUAGCAUGCAUGCUUGCGACCUUCAACUUUGAGAAGGCCAAGGAUGCACAGGGGAGAGAUAUCGAGCCAAAUCCACGAUGGACGCCUGGGUUGACGAGUCGCCCUACGGAUUUUCCGUGUCGCAUCACGCCAAGGUUUCCCGGGACCGCGGAGAGAGUGGCUAGAGCGAGGGUGUUGCUUUGA